CCUGGUGGCUCAGACGGUAAAGAAUCCUCCUGCGGUAAAGGAGACCCGGGUUUCAUCCCUGGGUUGGGAAGAGCCCCAGGAGAAGGAAUGACUACUCCUUCCUUUAUUCUUGCUUGGAGAAUUCCACCAGACAGAGGAGCGCGGAUGGCUACAGUCCAUGGGGUGGCAAAGAGUUGGACACCACUGAGCGACUAACACAUGGACUUAGACUCACAGUAAAAGAUCUGCAGUCACAUACCCACAUGGGAUUUAGCAAACACUAGGAGGAGGGAAUUAAUUUCUGUCUCUUGCUGCAGUUCCCUACUAAGAGGGUUGUUCUGGCCUAAAACAGGUACAUAGAAUUUUGCUGAUGAUACACAUUGAAUGUGUGAAACUCAUAAGGAAUAUGUGUUAGUUUGUGUAUGAAACUGAAUAUAAUUCAGUUUGUGUGAGAUGUAUUUUUGUUACAGAAUGUUGACUGUGUUCCAUAUGGCCAGUACUGUGGGGAUGAAGAUUAAAAGAAGUGAAGGGGACUGACUAUCCUGUGACGCAUUUGAAAAAGGCUUAAGGGACUUGUAUUAUUCUUUAACAAACAGAAAAUGAAUGAAAAUAAAGAUACUGAUUCAAAAGACAGUGGAGAAUAUGAAGAUGACUUUGAAAAGGACCUGGAGUGGUUGAUUAAUGAAAAAGAAAAAAGCGGUGCCAGCAUAAUGGAGAUGGCUUGUGGGAAUGAAGAGAAUAUUAACCAAGACUUAAAAGGGAAUGAAACAGAAAUAGAACACACCAAGCAGCUUUCUGAUCCUGAUAAAUCUUUGAAGGAUGAGGUUUCACCAAGAAGAAAUGACUUUAUUUCUGUACCAAGUAUUCAACCUUUGGACCCCAUAUCAGAUUCAGACAGUGAAAACUCUUUGCAAGAAUCCAAACUAGAAAGCCAUCAAGACCUGGAGGAGGAGGAGGAUGAGGAAGUAAGGAGAUAUAUUAUGGAGAAAAUUAUACAAGCCAACAGACUUCUACAAAAUCAAGAACCAGUGAAUGAUAAAAGGGAACGCAAACUUAAAUUCAAGGACAAAUUAGUUGAUUUAGAAGUUCCUCCUCUGGAAGACAGUGAUACUUACAAAAAUUAUUUUGAAAAUGAAAGUAAUGUGUCUGGGAAACUGUCACAGUUAUGUAUUUCCAAUGAAUUUGGACAAGAAAAUGUGAUCCUGUCAUUUACUGAUGGAAAUUGUGAAGAAAACAAGGAUAGGAAAAUCCUAAUGGAGAGAGAUGGAAAGUUUGAACUUGUGAAUUUACAGGACAUUAAGAGUCAGGGGUUUUUGCCCCCCAUUAAUGCUAAUAGUACAGAAGGUGAACCUCAGCAGUUGUCACCCAGGUCUCCCAAUUCAUCUGUCAGUGGAGUCAAGAAAGAAGAGCCAGUAGCCAAAGUUCAUGCUCUUGCUCCCUCAUCGACAGAAGAGCCACUGACUUACAUCCCUCAGCCACCAUCCAACCCCAAGACUUAUCCAAGCUCUGCUGCCAACCCAGAUAGAAGUAAGGGGAACAGAAAAUCUAACCAUAGGACCCAGUCUGCAGAUGUGUCUCCAGCGACCUCAACAUUUUGUCUCUCUCCUCAACAGAAAGAACUGAAAAAACGACUAGAACAAAAGAGAGAAAAGCUGAAGAGAGAGGAAGAUCAAAAGAAAAUAGAAGAAGAAAAAGAAAAGAAAAAAGAAAAUGACAUGGUAUUUAAAGCAUGGUUGCAAAAGAAGAGAGAGCAGGUCCUAGAAAUGAGGAGAAUUCAGCGAGCAAAGCAGAUUGAAGACAUGAACAGUAGACAGGAAGACAGAGAUCCACAGCAAGCUUUUCGAUUAUGGCUUAAAAAAAAGCAUGAAGAACAAUUGAAAGAAAGAAAGACAGAAGAACUGCGAAAGCAAGAGGAGUGCUUAGUCUUCCUUAAAGGAACAGAAGGCCGUGACAGGGCCUUUAAACAAUGGCUAAGAAGAAAACAGAUAGAAAAAUUAGCAGAGCAGCAAGCUGUCAAAGAAAGAACUAGACAGCUCCGACUAGAAGCAAAGCGGUCUAAACAGUUACAGUGCCACCUAUAUGAUAUGUCAGAAGCCAAAUCUUUCCGUUUUACUGAUCAUUACAACUGAAGGUAUUUAUUAAAUACUUCAUUUGGAAGCUUCUGUCCUCAAAAUUUUGGAUAUCAUUUCUUAUGGCCUGUGUGCUUUGGUCAUACUUUAAAUUAUGGAAGUGCUACUUAUCUUUUGGUGGUGUUGAUGGUGAAUUUGUCUUAUUUCCUUUAAUAGUAGAACAAAAUAAAUUUCUUAUCUUGCAGCAUUGUAA